UUUUAGGCUCAAGCUGGGGAUGAAACAAUUAACGGCGUGGUUUUAUUCGAAUUGUGGACCCAGAAUUUUGGAUCUUAAGCAAACUUCAUGCGUAUGUGAGUACAACGUUAUCUCUAGAUUGGCACCAUUCGACUUUAAAAGCAAAAGGUUGAUCAGGCACGAAGGCUUUCCUAAAACACUCAAGGUAGGCUUCAGAAUUGGGGUUUAAGUAUCACCUUAUCCACACCCUUGUUAGAUAUUUGCGAUAUCGAUGCCGAUAGAUGAUUCAAUGUUUUUUAAGUGGGUAUAUCAAGAUAUCUAUAAGUUCAGUAUAACUGCCUGGCAACUAUCUAAUAACAAGAAAGAGGAGAUUUUUAUUUCCCUGUGUGCGGUGCGCUGUCUAUUAUGUCUACGGGUUGUUAAAUAUACCCGCUUGUUCAAAAAGGCGGUGCUGAAUAGCUCGGUCAGCUAUUAUCUUCAUUCAAAUCCAUCUUUCUUGAAAACCAAACAAUACACGCCGGUAUCAUUUGCAAUGGUGGCCUACCUCCCUUUACCAGUAUUGUUAAAUUCAUCUCUCCUUUCAGCCUUAUAAUUAAUAAUACAAAUUUCUAACUCUACCACCCCCUUCCAAACACACUAAACUGCCCCAUCG